AUGAUGGAUUUGCCUCGCUUUGUGAGCCUAAUUGCCGCUUCCACACUGCUGGAAGGAGUGUCAUCGAAUAGCUAUAUAGACGCUCUGCCAGAAACGGAAUAUGAUUUUACAAUUUUGGAUCCCAAUACUGCGUACGGAUCACCCUAUGGAGGAUUUAGUCGAGCAACUGCCAGUCGACUGGCGUCCAUGCCGUUAAUGCUCCCCAACAUUGCCCAAGAACUCGCCGACUUUGAACCAGUGUACAUGACCACUAGGGAUUCGUCUGGCCAAGAAUAUGCGUGUAAGGUAUACCAUGAAGAUGAAUUGGAAGCGAUUAGUCUGGACGAAUCCAUGUUUGAUCUUGCUAUUUUGAAGAGUCCGGACGAAUUGAAGAAGCCAUCACCAUCCGAAUCCAAAAGUGGGGAAUCUGGAGCCAUCGUCAAUUUGGGAAACGCCAAUGCGGAGGAGGAGGAAGAAGAUUUAGACUCGCCGAUAAAAAUUGCCGCAUUACUGCAAUCAAGACUAAACAAGUUGAAAGGAAUGUGCGCGCAAUUUCACGAGGGAUGGUGGUCCUAUGAAUGGUGCUAUGAGGGAAAAGUGCGACAAUUUCAUGUCCACAUUGAUAGUGCGGAGAAUUCUGUCCAGAAUAUUCAAAUCACCGACAUUACCAGUCUGGGAACUUAUGCAGAACGGAAAGCAGAGCUUAUUAAAAAGGACGCAGCGAAUGUAAAGGAAGAAAAGGAGGAUUCUGAAGGCAAGCAACCAUCGAGAAAUCCAAACGCCAUGGCCGAAAUUACGGACAUGUAUCUGCAUGGUGGUUGGUGUCCUUCCACGAAGAAGGCUCGCAUGACUCAAGCUGUGUUGCGAUGCUGUUCGCCACAAGUGAUUGCUCGGAGUCGAGGCAGUGUCUUGUUCCAGGGACAGCCCAUGGAUACCAAUCUGCUCGCCAUGCAAGGAAUUGUAGAAGGUUCCACUUGCGUUUACAAUGUGACCAUCUGUACCCCAUUGCUCUGCAACGACUAUGUCGAAGAGAAACCACCAACGAAGGUCCCCAAGGAAGAUUUGAAACCAGCCACGGUCACCGAGACACGAUCUAGCAACAAGGCACUGGAUCCUGCAACAGUAUCUGAAAUGACUGUGGUGGAAAUUCUAAAGUCCUUGUUUGGAAGGGACAAGUGCAUGCAAACUGGAACGGGUGGAUGGUGGCUGUACGAACUUUGUCCAGGACGCCAUGUGCGACAGUUUCACGAGGUUACUUUGUUGGAUCGAAUAACGGGAGUACCGCGAACUGAAGUCGAAACCGAGCACAUAUUGGGCAAAUAUGAUUCGGAGGAUGAUUUCGUCUCCAAGGACGACGAAUGGAAGCAUGUCGUGAAUGAAACCGCCACCUCCACAGCUGCCUCUGGAUCCUCAUCAAAAGGCAACGGUGCCUAUUACGCUCAAGAAUACACAUAUGGGGAGGUUUGCGAUCAUGAAGAUGUGACGGACUCUGCCAUUAAAGCAGCAAUCGACAUGAGUGUCAUUCUAGCUACCGCUGGAUAUGAUCACAAAAUAAGAUUUUGGCAAGCACCCUCUGGAGUUUGCUCGCGGGUGCUCAAAUUUCCAGACUCACAAGUGAACAAGCUGGAAAUCACACCCGACAAAGCCUUUCUUGCCGCUGGUGGAAAUCCCCACAUUCGUUUGUACGAUGUGGAUAGUUCCAAACAUUCCGAUCCAAUCUUGACGCUGGACGCGCACACUGGCAAUGUCACUUCCUUGGGCUUUCAACGAGAUGGUCGCUUUUUCUUUAGUGGAUCGGAAGAUGGGACCAUUAAAUUGUGGGAUUUACGGAGCACGACGCCGUCUCGAAGUUUUGACGUCAAGGCUCAAGUGCGAUCGGUUUGCUUGCGAGUGGAUCGUGAUGAAAUCAUAUCGGGGGAUGCCAAUGGUAACGUCAAGGUAUGGGAUUUGGGAAUGGAUGGUAGUGGUGGUGGGAACAGUAGUACCAGUAAUAGUAGCACGGGUAGUCCUACGACCAAACGAGAUGGCUGCAUUGCCGAGACUCGACCGGCAGGACGACGAACGGGAGGUUGUUUGAUUCAGACUGCGAUUCAAGCGGUGGACAUUUCGUCCGACUCCAACACCUUGGUGGCAGUUAGUAAUCACGGAACGGUCUAUACAUGGUGUCCCAAAUCAGGCGUAUACUUUGAUACACCCAAACCAAAGAGCUCGUUUCGGGCACACUCACAACCAGGAUCCUAUUGCUUGCAUGCACGGAUAUCACCAGAUUGUUUGCAUUUGUGCACUACUGGUUCCGAUGGUAUGGUUCGAUUGUGGGAUACUAAAACAUGGAAGCUGGUGCAAGACUUGCAGGAUUCUAGAUGGGUAUGGGACGCUGCCUUUUGUGCGGAUUCGAGUUAUGUUGUGACGGCAUCCAGCGAUUCCAUUUCUCGAUUAUGGAGUCUACGGACGGGGGAGAUUGUGCGACAGUACCAUGGCCACCAAGGUGCUGUAACCUGUGUGGCAUUGAAUGAUAGUAGCUUUUAA